CUUUGGGAAAGCAACUCGCGCCAUUCCCCUCCGUUCGCUUCGGCACGUUAAGUUGGAGCUGCAGUGAUCGCCAAACCCCUCGUCGACCCCGCCGCGACAUCGAUACACUACCCGACAAGAUGUCGUUCUUCUUUGGGAGAACGCGCACACGGACAAACACCACAGACCUCGUCAGACAGGCAAGAGAAGAUGUCACCAAAUUGGAGGGACCGCAAGGGGCCGCCAAGGCCGAGGAGCUUGCAAAGGUGCUCGCGCAGAUGAAGCAGGUCCUGCAAGGCACACAUGAGACCGAGCCAAACACGGAGCAGAUCUACCAAUUGGUGACGGCCAUGAUUGAAGAAGACCUCCUCUACCUCCUUGCCGUCCAUCUCCACCGCUUUCCGUUCGAGUCGCGAAAGGACACUCAGGUCAUCUUCUCCUACGUCUUCCGCUUCCGCCCGCCGACGGGGCCGCAGAAACCGGAGCCGCUCGCUCUGGCCUACGUCGUCGAGAGGCGACCACAGGUGCUUGUGGAAUUGUGCAGGGGUUACGAUCACAAGGAGAGCGCUACGCCGGCGGGGACAGUGCUGAGGGAGGUGCUGAAGAACGAGGCGGCCGCGGCGAUAAUCCUGUACGACGACGGCGAUGAAGAAGGGUCGAGCGCCAGGGGAAUAGGGGGGAUCAACCCGGACCGGACGCAGAGCGGGAGGGGAGUCUUUUGGAAAUUUUUCGACUGGAUCGACAAGAGCUCGUUCGAAGUGAGCGCGGAUGCGUUUACCACAUUCAGGGAACUCAUCACCAAGCACAAAGAGCUGGUCCCUCGGUAUCUGGCCGCCAACUUCGAUCUCUUCUUUGAUCGGUACAACAACGUGCUGGUGCAGUCCAACAGCUACGUCACCAAGCGUCAGUCGAUCAAGCUGCUGGGCGAGAUCCUGCUGGACCGGUCCAACUACAACAUCAUGACGGCCUACGUGGACCGAGGCGAGCACCUCAAGAUCUGCAUGAACCUGCUGCGCGACGACCGCAAGAUGGUGCAGUACGAGGGCUUCCACGUGUUCAAGGUGUUUGUGGCCAACCCACACAAGUCGGUGCCCGUGCAGAAGAUCCUGAUUAUGAACCGGGACAAGCUGCUGCACUUCCUGUCGCACUUCCUCGAGGACCGCACCGAGGACGAGCAGUUCAUCGACGAGCGCGAGUUCUUGAUCAAGCAGAUCCGGAAUCUGCCACCUGCGCCCGUGCCGCCACAGCAGCGGUAGGGUCGUCGGUAGCGGUGGGGAAGG